AUGGCAACAAGGGAAACAGCUGAUCAAAGGCAGGAUUUGAAACCUCCAACUAAAAAAGACCGGGAAAAGAAAGAUAAACAGGAAAAGAGACUUUCAAAUUUUUUUAAUGCUCCAGCAGAUAAAAGCACCUUAGAAAACUCCCAGACAUCAACACCAUACAAAGCUGUCUUAAGUAAAGAAACUGCAGACUUCAGCGUUACUGAGGCAAAGGAACCCUCAGAUGAACAACAAACGGUCACCCCAGGGUACUUAAAAGAAUGUUUAGACCUACAGCUGGAACAAAUAAAAACAGAAAUGCAGGCGAACUUUGCAACUUUGAAGAAAGAUAUAUUGGAGAUUGGACAAAAAGUUAAAGUCAACGAACAAAAAAUAGAAAAUUUUGAAUUUCUUCUACAGAAGCAAAAUGAGAUUAUUGAAAAACAACAAACGAAGAUAAAUGAUCUUGAAGAAAGAACUAUAAAUAUAGAAGAAAGAGCUAGAAGAAAUAACUUGAGAAUAAGAAACAUCCCUGAAUCCAUCUCACAAGAUAAUUUGGCAACUUACCUCUCUGAGUUUUUUAAAGUUCUUAAAAUAAAUAUUGAGGAUAAAGUGGACUUUCGCUUGUCACUCCUACGCUUUUAG